UUCAGUAGGUCGCUGUGUCAUCAAGAACCCAAGUCUGGGACUGCCUGCUGGCUGCUAACAAGAUCAGCUGCAACAAUGUCUGUGUCUCACAGUUCAAGACUUAACAAGGGGGUAAGGGAGCAGUACAUGAAACUGCCCCAAGGAGGGAUGGUCCAGGUCACCUACGUCUGGAUCGAUGGGACUGGGGAAGGAGUCCGCUGCAAAACCAAGACCCUGGACUAUGAACCAAAGUCUGUUGAAGAGAUCCCAGAAUGGAACUUUGAUGGAUCGAGCACGUUACAAGCAGAAGGAUCAAACAGUGAUAUGUACCUCGUCCCUGUCCACAUGUUCAGAGACCCUUUCUGCCUGGACCCCAACAAGCUGGUCAUGUGUGAAGUUCUGAAAUACAACCGUAAAGCUGCAGAAACCAACUUGCGUCAUACGUGCAAUAAAGUAAUGGACUUGGUUAGAGAUCACCGACCCUGGUUUGGAAUGGAGCAGGAAUACACCCUGCUGGGAAUCAAUGGUCACCCUUAUGGCUGGCCCGAUAAUGGCUUCCCAGGGCCACAAGGUCCCUACUACUGUGGAGUUGGGGCAGACAAAGUCUAUGGACGUGACAUUGUGGAGUGUCACUAUAAGGCUUGUCUCUAUGCUGGCAUCAAGAUCUGUGGUACAAAUGCAGAAGUGAUGCCCUCACAGUGGGAAUUCCAGGUUGGUCCUUGUGAAGGCAUUGACAUGGGCGAUCAUCUGUGGAUGGCUCGGUACAUCCUUCAUCGGGUCUGUGAAGACUUUGGUGUUGUCGCCACUCUUGAUCCAAAACCUAUGACUGGUAACUGGAAUGGGGCUGGAUGUCACACCAACUACAGCACUGAGAACAUGAGGAAUGAAGCUGGAUUAAAGUACAUUGAAGAUGCUAUUGAGAGGCUUGGAAAAAGACAUGACUACCACAUCUGUGUGUAUGAUCCCCGUGGUGGCAAAGACAACCUCCGUCGUCUUACCGGCCAGCAUGAGACCUCUAGUAUCCAUGAAUUUUCUGCAGGUGUUGCCAACCGUGGUGCCAGCAUCCGUAUACCACGCCAAGUUGGGCAGGAAGGCAAGGGGUACUUUGAAGAUCGCCGGCCAGCUGCCAACUGUGACCCAUAUGCUGUUACUGAAGCUAUGAUCAGGACAACCAUUCUGAACGAAACUGGCAAUGAGACCAAAGACUAUGGAAACUGAACUAAGAGCUGGUACUCUUCAGUUCUUCAACCGUGCCUCCAUAUCUUCUGUCUCUUACAUGACUGCCAAAAUUCAAUUUUUGUAACUGUUUUGUCAUCUGUUUCUACACUACUUGAAAUUUUAUUCUCACUGAGAAAUCCUUUCUUUUUAUGAAAGGAAGGGCAUUAAAUCCAUAGACUAUGCAGCCAAAUUAUUUUGGCUCUUGCCUCCGGAAAGGGUUAAUAAAGUUUUUUUUUACUCUCCUGUUGGGUGGGAGCGGAGCGUUUAGCGAGUAGCAAGUUAUAUGGUGCAGCAGUAAAUUCUGUAAGUCUGAUGUGCCUCCCCCAGCUUACCAGGGCCUGAACGGGGAAGUUAAAUUAAAGUUCCUUUUAUUAAAGGAAAAGAAGACCUCCAUUGUGGAAUAACUCUACACCAUAUUUUUUAAAACGUGAUGUGACUUUUUUUCCACUUUAUUGUUGCAAAUGUUGAUUAAAAUAAAAUCUCUACUCCA